AUGUCACCUUUCCUCGAACCUCCGGGCGUAACGUCAAGAACAAUGCGACUUGUAAUUGUCACUCUGUCCUGCAUCGCCAGUCUCAUGGCUGUGCAGGCCGCAAGCUUUGUCACCGUUGUCAAGACGAUCGUCUACGAUAGAGCCGUCUCCGGUGACGACGCCUCUGCUGCAGCCCUCGACAACGAGUUCGUCUCUGAGCAAGCAAAGAUCAGUCGCCGUGACGAAGACGAUUCGCUUGGAGACCCUUCGGUAACAAAGAUCUGUAUCACAUCGCCAGCAACCACAUGUCUGGACCUCACCCUCACCGACGGUCUCAAGCCCCAAGACACCAGUACCGACAACCCAGACGACGACGGCACCUGGGAAGAAUAUAUCCCACCACCAACACCCACAUCCACCGUACCACAACCUCCAGAUGUCGUGAUCACCCGCAUCCACACCACCUCAGGAGCAGGUCCUCCAGCCCGCAACUCCGGAACUUCCGUAACGCACUCCAAGGAACCAGAAGUCUAUACAACAAUACCGGACUGGUGGCCACCCAGCGUGGGACCCAAUGUCGAUCCAAACGUCGAACGGCCGAGAAUCCCCGAAAUCAUAAACCCGGGCUGGAAACCUAAGCCUACGCCAGAACCGGCGACGGUGUUGUAUUGCGACGUCUUUCCUCGUCCUGAUCAGGAUCCGGAAUGCACUAGAUAUGGCCGUAGUUGGACCUAUACCGGUAGCCAAUUGAUCGCGCGUGCGACUUCGGUCAUGAAUUAG